UGGGCCGCCUCGGCGGGGCAGUGCGGAGCGCCGGGCAUGCGGAGCGGCCGGGCCCCGGGCAGAUGAUGGCGAUACGCGAGCUGAAAGUCUGUCUGCUCGGAGAUACUGGGGUUGGGAAAUCGAGCAUCGUUUGUCGAUUUGUCCAGGACCACUUUGAUCAUAAUAUUAGUCCUACUAUUGGAGCAUCCUUCAUGACUAAAACUGUGCCAUGUGGGAAUGAGCUUCAUAAAUUUCUAAUCUGGGACACAGCUGGUCAGGAACGGUUUCAUUCCUUGGCUCCCAUGUACUACCGAGGUUCAGCAGCAGCUGUGAUAGUGUAUGAUAUCACCAAACAGGAUUCAUUUCACACUUUGAAAAAAUGGGUAAAAGAACUGAAAGAACAUGGUCCUGAAAACAUUGUAAUGGCCAUCGCUGGAAAUAAAUGUGAUCUUUCUGAUAUCAGGGAGGUUCCUAUGAAGGAUGCCAAAGAAUAUGCAGAAUCCAUAGGUGCGAUUGUUGUUGAAACCAGUGCAAAAAAUGCUGUUAACAUUGAAGAACUUUUUCAAGGAAUAAGUCAGCAAAUUCCACCGUUAGAUCCUCAUGAAAACAGUAACAAUGGAGCAAUCAAACUUGGAAGGCAGACUUCACAGACGGGUAGGCGGUGCUGCUGACCCAACUUGAUCCUUUUAGAUUUACUUGAAAAACAGCACCAUUUGCGCUUUUUUUCACUGAGAAAGGACUUCGUGAUCUCAGUGACGUGGCUCUUUAUCUUGAAAGCAGUAAUUUCAAUACUUCCCAUGAGCAAUAACGCAAGGACCAGAAGCAGAAGGCUUUACUUCAAAGGGAUUUUGCAAAACCCAGUUGGAAAAUCCCCUCUAAUAUCCUGUCAAAAUUACAGUGUCAAAGUACUCCAAUUCUCUGUUUAAACCAGUGACUUUUUUUUAAAUAAAAAGAUCAGUUUAUAUAUAAAAUUUAGGUUUGCUGCAAAAACUUAACUUCUUAUAUUAACAAAGUGGACUUGGCAUGUUUUUAGAGUUUUCUCUGUAAUAAUAGGGUGAAAAAAACCCCAUCAAGCCUGAAUUUUGGCUUACAGUUUUUCUGCCAUCUUUUUAUCUGGACUCUGCUUCACAAUUUUUCUAAAUCUGCAGCUUCAUCUCCUACUUUCAGUAAACAUCAGCAAGAAGUGGACUGGAUUUGCUCACUGAAGAAAAAAAAUGGAUCCAAAGGAUGAGUGAAUGCAGUUUUUAUGGACUGGAAGUCAAAAUCUGUAUCAGGAAGUGCUGUGUAUGUGGAAGAAGGAGUUGUCAUGGAGGAAACUGCUGGACCCCACAUGGUUUCAGUGUGCUCCAGAAAGAAGUGAAAAUGCAGCCACUGUGUAGACUGCAAUAAUUCCUUGUGCAGGGGGUGGGUUUCAAGAAUUGCUGAAGAUGUAAAAAGAGCAUAAAUACAGGCUUAAUCUCCACUGCAUACCAGGAUUCCUACAGAUCUGUGCCCCAGACCAAAGAUGUCUGUGUUCAAAGUUGUGUAUUGCUUGGUUUCUAAAAGAGAGUGCCACAGUGCCUCACUCCUCAUGGUCUCACUGCUGUGCUCGAAGAGGUCUUCGAAUUCAAAGAGUGAUAUUUCGGUGCAAAAAACUGCACAAGAGAGCACAGUAUAAUUUGGGAUUAGAGGCUGGAAUCUAAAAAAACAAACUUGAAUGUUUGCUUACUGAUGUAAUUCCCUGAAUUUGUGGAGUAGUCUUAUCAAUUGUGUGGGGAUAUGGUGUGGAAGACAUGGUGGGUGGUAUCUUAGAAGCAUGAGGCACUUGGAAAUGCAGUGGAGAAAAAAUUCCUACAGAGGGUUAUGAACUAGCAAUAAUGUAAAACGGUAUGUGUUUUCCACUUCUGUCUUUUAUGAAUGUGUAUGACUGAGAUGAUAAAAUCCAGAUUUAUCUUCUUCAUCAAUUUCAUUGGAAGUGGGAAUUAGAGUAAGAAAGGCUGUGUUCAAAACCAGAGCCCAGCCUGAAUUCCACAACAUUAAUUUGUUCUCUUAUGAGGAAAAUUAUCGCCACUGCACAUUUGCAGGAGGGCUUAUGAAAAGCAAACAAAAGGGAAAAAUAACUUUCCACAAUAAAUCAUGAGCACGCAGCCCUGAGCGUCGUUUCCGUGUUGAUACAUAGAAAACCAGACCUUAUUGGCUGGUUCUGAGAUUGCUUAGAUAAAAUGUCACUAAUUGUUAGGGUUUGAAACAGAGCCAGAUAAAAUCAACAGGAACAUUCUGUCUCCAGAGGGCUUGGAGUAGUAUAGGUGGGAAAUAUCUGGAUUUUAUCUAAGAACCUAUGCUGCAUUGUUUUUUCACAUAUAAUUAAUUUCUCCUAUAUGUUAGUCUCCUUUGAAAACACUCAUUCUAGAAAAUACAGCCUUGGAUAUUUUGGGUAAACUUUCAGUUUUCAGCUGUGCUGAUAUACGAUCCAUGUCUCUGACUCAUUGCAGCAACUAUUUUACUGAUAGUCUAGGGUUAUUUAAGUGAAGAUUCAGUAAUCAUCCUUGUUGAUAGCUGGUGAGGAAGACAGGCUCCUUUAGGGAACAUUUAAUUCCAUCCUGGUACAAGCAAGUCUGCCAGAGAUGCCUGGCUCUUUCAGUUGGCUGGGGAGGGAAAAGCUUAACAUGGCCUUCAGUGCUAAGAAAAUACCAAACUUGCCAACUUCACAGGUUUGUACACUUUACAGGGUCUGUGACCCAAUGCUGGAAGAGAUCUGAUUUCUCCUAAGUAAAACCCAGUGAGAGGCUACACCAGUUACCCAGAAAACAAGGUGAGAUUGAACCCAUGUUUUCAGAGGUGUCAUAAACUUUAGUUCAACAUAUAGCAGUUAUCCAUAAUUGAUUUUUAAGCUUUUGUAAAUCAUUGUUACUUUUAUUUAACAUGGCAUCUCAAAACUUACUAAAUUGUAACUGAGAUGUCUGAAAGCUUCGUGAGACAAUUUGUGAGUACCUUGUAUACUCUAAUUUAUGUUAGAACUGGCAAUUGAUGCUGAUCUUUAUGGGAUACUGUCCUGAACAACCAGCUCGCACAGCUGACUUUGAGCAGUAUGUGAAUCAGAACAGGUUUAUGUGUUAUAUGUUAAAAUUGUAUUGAAUUGGAAGUUUUUACAAUGGAUCUCUGACAGAUUCUAAAAUUUGAAUGGUGACUAAAUAGGUUUUGCUUUCGGUGGGGCAAAUCUAAAUCACUUUAUUCUGCUUUUAGUCAAGAAAAGAUUUAAAUUAAUAAGGAUUCUGGUUGUGUAAGUUCUUGAGAUUUGGGUUACUGGGAGCUUCAGUAGGGAAGUUGGAAGCUGGAAGAAAAAUAACAAGCCAAUGUGCUGUGCAGAGCAUCUCUCAUUUUCUCUAAACACAGGGUUCACCUUUGACAAUGUUGUUGCCUCUCUGCUGUUUGUCAAAGCCAAGGUGCAGCUUUAAUGUGCCUCUUCAAAUGGAGCAAUUGUUGGUUAUAAAAACAGUGAUUUUAAAAUGUAAAA